AUCCUGAGAUUUACACAGAUAUAUAGACUGUGAUUAAAGCAUGAAGAUACCAGUGUGAAUAUAUUUUAGCACAAACAUUAAAGCGAGGUCUCUUGGGGCUGAGACGCUCAUAUAUUAAAAUACUAGUCAGGACAUUUUGUGUAGAAUAAAAUGAUUGUCAUGUUGUGUUGUGGUUUAGAAGGUAAACAUGGUUUCAUAUAUUAGUGGUGUAGUGUAUAACACUGAAGGAUGCUGUAGGCUUGUGUAGGCUCCUGUGAGCGUGUCAUAGAUGUUCCGGAACAGAAUGAGAGUUUGUCUCCAUUUACAUUUAAAUUGUUGCCAUUCGAAUUCAAUCACAGUGAGAGAACGUCAUCCAGCGAGCGAUUACUUAGUGAGAGACCUUUAAUAUUCACAAUUUACACAGAAUACUUUCUUUUCACACAACACACACCAAACUUUUCACACAACACACUUCAUUUUCACACAACACACACCAAACUUUUUACACACCGCACAUUAUUUUUAGAAAUAUUACUUUUCACACGAGGAACAUCACACCAUCAAGUUUGGAAAAUGUCCCAGCCUGAAGAAACAGUGCUCCAUGUCGCAUAUACACCUGUCUUUGAAGAUGUCCCUGUCAACAUCUGUCCCGUGUACUCCCCCGAGAACACGGCCAUGUACAACCCCAUGUACUACCCUGUAUACAACCCCGAGUUCAACCCUGAGUACACGGCCAUGUACUACCCCGUGUACAACCCGGAGUUCAACCCAGUGUACUACCCCAAGAUCAGCCCCGUGUACUUCCAAAUCCUGCCACCCGAAUUCUGCCCCCAACCCCCAACAGUGGAGACUGUUGGAGAAGAAUGCUUCCUCCCAUCUCCCCAGCAUCCUCAGAACCACCAGCAAAUUCUGCCCAAAAGGACGGGCACACUGAUUACAAAUCAGGACCCCAAUGACGGUGGGCAAGACGUUAUGAUCAAUGAGCUUCUGGGAGGAGCAGCCAUGUUUCGACCAGAGAACGUGUUUCCACCCGAGAACGUGUCUGUACCCCAACACGUGUCUCCCCCUAAAACUGAGUCUCCACCUGAAACCGCAUCUUCCCCUGAAACUGAAUCUCCUCCUGAAACGGCGUCUCCCCCUGAAAUGGCGUCUCCCCCUGAGAACAUGUCUCAUCCAGAACCUGUGCAGACAGAUACUGCAAACACAACGUCCCAGCCUGAAGAAACAGUGCUCCAUGUGCCUGUCGCAUAUACACCUGUCUUUGAAGAUGUCCCUGUCAACAUCCGUCCCGUGUACUCCCCCGAGUACAACCCUGUGUACAACCCUGUGUACUAUCAAAUCCUGCCACCCGAAUUCUGCCCCCAACCCCCAACAGUGGAGACUGUUGGAGAACAAUGCUUCCUCCCAUCUCCCCAGCAUCCUCAGAACCACCAGCAAAUUCUGCCCAAAAGGACGGGCACACUGAUUACAAAUCAGGACCCCAAUGGCGGUGGGCGAGACGUUAUGAUCAACGGGCCUCUGGGAGGAGCAGCCAGGUAUCGACCAGAGAACGUGUUUCCACACAAACACAAACCCACCUACGACACACCAAACACAAAGGGAGUUGAACUGUUCAUUAGAGGUUUGGACUCCAUUGAUGAGCAGCGCCUCUAUAAGGAGUUCCGCCCUUUUGGGAAUAUCAUCAGAAUUAAGCUUAUAAAGGCAAAAGGGUACGGAUACAUCAAAUAUUUCUCUGAAGCUGAAGCCAGAACGGCUAUCAGGGAGAUGAACGGGAAGAUUGUGGGAGCGGACCGGCUGAACGUUACUCUGAACAAAACAAAAACAGAACGAGCAGAGGAGAAGAUGAGACGUGACUGGAACAGAAGCAAGUGGCAGAAUCAUAACAAAGGCUCGAAGUUGUUCUGGAAAUGGACAUAAAGAACAAUAAUAAGAAUAAAUAAAGGUACAUCUUCUAAAUGUCA